GCCGGCGUGCCGGGGGGUGGUGGCCCCCGCCCGGCAGCGGGGCUGCAGUUGCGGAGGAGCAGCGGCACCAUGAGGGCGGCCGCCGGGGAGGUGGCGGGCAUCCUCUGCCUGGUGUCUGUGGCGGCCGCGCUGGAUUUCAGGUACCACCACGCCGAGGAGCUGGAGGCGUACCUGAAGGGGGUUCACGCCGCGUACCCCUCCAUCACCCACUUGCACAGCAUCGGGCGCUCGGUGGAAGGUAGAGACCUGUGGGUUCUUGUUCUGGGAAGGUUUCCAACCCAUCAUAAGAUUGGCAUUCCAGAGUUCAAGUAUGUUGCUAAUAUGCAUGGGGAUGAGACUGUCGGGCGAGAAGUCCUGCUCCAUUUGAUAGACUUCCUGGUGACCAGCUACAGACGUGACCCAGUUAUUACCCGCUUACUCAAUAACACCCGGAUUCAUAUCAUGCCAACAAUGAAUCCCGAUGGAUUUGAAGCUACAAAAGUGCCUGAUUGUUAUUACACACGAGGAAGGUUCAAUAAGAAUGGAGAAGAUCUGAACAGGAAUUUUCCUGAUGCCUUUGAAAAUAACAAUGCCAGCAUUCAGCCAGAGACUCAAGCGAUAAUGAACUGGAUAAAAAACGAAACGUUUGUUCUUUCAGCAAACUUGCAUGGGGGUGCGCUGGUUGCCAGUUACACCUUUGAUAAUGGUAACUCAGUUACUGGCUCUCUGAAAGGCUACAGCAAGUCUCCAGAUGAUGAUGUCUUUAUUCAUCUGGCAAAAACUUACUCUUUCAACCAUGCCAGCAUGUACAAAGGGACUGGGUGUGACAGCAGACAAACCUUUCCGGAAGGCAUUACCAAUGGGUAUUCUUGGUACCAGUUAGAAGGUGGAAUGCAAGAUUACAACUAUGUCUGGGGACAAUGUUUUGAAAUUACAUUGGAGCUGUCAUGCUGUAAAUACCCUCCAGCAGACCAGCUGGAAAAGUUCUGGAGAGACAACAAGGCUGCUCUGAUCGAAUACAUAAAACAAGUGCACCUGGGUGUCAAGGGUCAGGUUACUGAUAAGAAGGGGAAUCCGAUUCCCAACGCCAUUGUGGAAGCCAAAGGACGGCCCCACAUCUGCCCCUACAGGACAAAUGAACACGGGGAGUACUUUCUUCUCCUCUUGCCUGGGACGUAUGUGAUCAAUGCUACUGUACCGGGAUUUAAAUCGGUGCUGAAGACAGUGGAAAUACCUGACAAUACUGGUAACUUCAGUGCUUUGAAACACGACUUUUCUUUCUCAGAGGUCUCGAUCAGAUCAAAAGCUGCUUCAUGUCCCAAAACUCCCCUUUACCAAGACCUUGAACAGGCUUCAGCUGCAGUAAAGCCAACUCUACAUAUCUUGGCUUUAAUGACUGUUAUGCUUGUAAUUUUCAAAUAAAGUCAGGAAUGACAUGAUGUGGCAAGGCAAAACCUUCUUCCACAAAUGUGGCUGUUCAGACAAGGAGUUGUAUAUGCAAAAGAAUGUAUGUGUUUAUCAACCAAAUUCUCAGAUUUACAAUGACGUUUAUUGUAUUUUGUAAAAUACUGGCUUGACAAUCAAAUGUUUUACUUUAAUUAUAAAAGACUAUCAUAUUUUUCUAAGCAAGUAUUUUAGUCUAAAGAAAUUAUGUGGAAACAACUGUAGAAUUUCGAUGCAGAAAGUCCAAAUAGAUUCUGAAGAAUUUGUCGAAGUUCCAAAAAAAAGUCUAGGAUUGUAUUGCAGAUGUUUCGUGUUGAACCAACAGCUCACGUGCCACACAACUGCAAUUAGCUCAAACCUAAUUUCUCAUAAUAAAACCACUGCUGUAAAUGA